CCGCACACGAGGUUACGCUUGCGCUCCAGAUCCAGUUCACCGUUAGCGGCGAAAAGCCGCGAAACCGCGACUUUCCGCGCGGUUCUCCGGCGUCGCUCAAUCUAUAAAUUGGCGGCCAGCCCGACGGCCGGUUCUUUUUCUAAUCUCCAUGCAAGCGCUUCCACUCCCUCUCUCGGCCAACCAGAGCAACAUUUCUCUUCCCAACCUCCUUCUCCAAUAGCGGUGGAUCUCCACACCCUCGACACCGAUCUCCCGCAUUCCCGCAUUCAUCCUCCAUUCAUUCACUUAUUCUUCUCCAGAUCUAGUCUAACUGCUCCAUUCAGAGGUAAGAACGACAAUGGAAGGCGAUCCGCAGGAAGCUGCGGCGACUCCGACAGGGGCCUCGUCGGGCGCGGAGAGUCCCCUGAUGCUCAUGCUUACGAGCUCUUCCAGUUCCCUCAAUGAUGAGGACUUAUUCGAGCCAGUCUCCCUCCUUGAUCUUGACGGCGCCAUUCUCGAUGUCGGCCCAGCUGACGUCUCCAUGCGUUCCUCAAUCAACUCCGCCGGAGAGCUUGACGAUGUCGGCGCUCUUUCGAAGGAAACGCACGCUGAUCGCCACUUCCGUAGUCAUACAAUUAAUCUCAGCUCCUCUACUGCCAGCUUCGACUCGUAUUCCUAUCCUUGCUCUAUGGCUGGAUCGCCGCCUGAACCGCAGGGUAGGCAACUCGCAAUGUCGGAGAUACCGCCGGAGCUCGUGCAUCUUGUGGAUUCUGUCAUCAUGGGGAGGUUAGACUGCAUGGAGAAACUGAAAACGAUGGCUUCGGGUGCUGAUUCGUUGGAGUUUUCGAGGUUUGUGGUGGAUGCGCUGCUCGCCACCAUGGUCGGGGUGGAAGGCCUGGAUGAAAUGGAUGGUACUGGGUUCAAGGAAUGGGCGCCGAGGGUAAUGCUUACUUCACGAGCUGCUGCUGUGGCUGCGGAGCUUAUCCCCUGGCUAUACUGUGAAGGUGAUUCAGAGUUUUCUAUGUCGCCGAGGACGAGGAUGGUGAAGGGUUUGUUUUUGAUUCUGAAUUCCUGCACCAGAAACCGUGUGAUGUGCUCGUCUACUGGGGUGCUUAGAUUCCUCUUGGGUUCAGCGGAGAAGAUCCUUUUGGAUUCAGCAGGCUGUUUUCGUUGGAAUGCCUGGCCUUUGCUUUACUGCAUUCAGGUUCUUGGUGGGUGCUCUUUGAGCGUCAUGGAUCUGGAGCGCUGGCUUAAUUUGAUUAAAAAAUGCAUCGUCACUGAGUGGGCAGCGCCGUUGAUGCUGUCUUUGGAGAAUGCUAUGGGGAGUGAGGAGGCGAGGGGCCCGGUCAGUUCCUUUGAGUUUGAUGGCCAGAGUUCUGGCUUGCUUGCUCCUGGUGAGAAUCGCUGGCCGUUCUCCAAUGGUUAUGCUUUCGUGUCUUGGAUUUAUUUGGAGUUGUUAGAAGAGGUGAUUGUUGACCCUCCCACAAGCACCACUGCAGCUUCAUCAGCCGUCCGUUUGGGGAAAUCAUCUUCUGUAGCAGUAGUUGGAGUGUCAGCUUCUGGCGAGAUUACCGGCCAAGUUCCUGUGCAAACUCCUAGGAUCUUUAGUUUUGUAUCUGCUGAUAACCAGUGGGUGGAGGCAUAUUUUUAUGGACAAUUCUUGGUUGUGGAAGUUGGCGUUGGGAAGGGGAAGAAGACUUUCAUACGUUUUAGUUAUAAAUUCAAACCUCAGUGCUGGUACUUUAUAGGGCUCGAGCACAGCUAUAAACAGAGUUUGCUUGGCAAAGCAGAGAGUGAGGUGAGAUUGUAUGUUGAUGGGAGAUUGCAAGAGACUCGACCUUUUGAACUUCCAAGGACAUCAAAGCCUCUUUCUUUCUGCAGCAUUGGAACAAAUCCUCCCCUAAGCUCACCUGGUUUGCAGCGACGUAAACGUCAGUGUCCUCUUUUUGCUGAGAUGGGCCCUAUUUAUAUUUUCAAGGAACCCGUUGGGCCUGAUGUAAUGACUCGAUUAGCUUCCAGAGGAGGAGAUGCUCUGCCAUCUUUUGGAAAAGGUGCAGGCUUACCAUGGUUAGCAGUAAAUGAGCAUGUACGAAGCCUAGCUGAAGAAAGUUUGGCCUUGGAUGCUGAUAUUGGAGGUAGUCUGCACCUACUCUAUCACCCUUGCUUGCUCAGCGGUCAUUUCUGUCCAGAUGCUUCAUCUUCUAUUUCUGCAGGCAUACAACGACAGCAUGCAGAGGUCAUUGGGCAAGUUAAUGUUGCUACUAGAGUGCAUCCAAUGGAUUCUUUAUGGGCCUUGACCUAUUGUGGCCCGAUGGCUUUACUUCCAUUGAUAGUUAGCGAUGUGCGAAUGGACAGUCUAGAACCCAAGCUUGGUGAUCCUUCUGUAGCUCUUGCAACUUAUUCCCUUUCUGCCCCAAUUUUCAGAAUUAUCUCCGUAGCUAUUCAGCAUCCUAGAAAUAGUCAGGACUUGUGCCAAAUAAGAGCACCGGAGCUUUUGUUAAGGAUUUUGCAUCACAUGUUAAAAACACGGUCUAAUCCUGAUAUGGGAAAGCUUGUUCGAUUAAGUGAUGACGACCUUGUUGCUGCAGUUGCAUCUUUAUGUCAACAUCAGAAACGUAAUCAUCCAUUAAAAGUGAAGCUCUUCAGUACGUUGUUGCUAGACUUGAAGGUGUGGGCAAUGUGCAAUUAUGGCUUACAGAAGAAGCUUUUGUCAUCACUUGCAGACAUGGUAUUUACAGAAUCAGCAGCUCUGAGGGAUGCUAAUGCCUUGCAAGUUCUACUUGAUGGAUGCAGAAGAUGCUUUUGGGUUAUCCCUGAAAAUGAUUCUAUCGAUACAUUUUCACUACUUGGGGGACCACGGCCUGUUGGCGAAGUAAACUCUUUGGUUGAUGAGCUCCUUGUUGUGAUUGAGCUUUUAAUGGGAGCCGCUCCCACUUCUAUGGCAAAUGAAGACAUUCAUUGUUUGCUUGGUUUCUUGGUUGUUUGCCUGCAACCUAAUCAGGUUGCUAGAGUAUUACGCCUGAUAAACAGAUUGAUAGUGCAGCCUAAUGCAACCCGUGCUCAAGUUUUUGCUCAUUCUUUUAUUUCUUGUGGGGGAAUAGAAACACUUAUAGUUCUAUUGCAACGGGAAAGUAAAAGUGGAAAUCAUAAUGUUGUGGACAACUAUAGCUCGAAUGAUAUCAGUUAUGUUUCAAUGGAAAACUUGGAUUUGGAAACUACGACUAGCAAAGCUAGUGCAGAUGUUGAGGAACCUGAAUUUCUUGAGCAAAUAAAAAUGGUGUCUGGUGAAUCAAACGCGCAGUCUCUGUCAACCAUUAGCAGUAGCAGCAUAGUUAAUAUCUUAUUGGCAACAAAUGGUGAAAGAAGACCAUCUACUUCUGAGUCUCAAUUCCUUAAAAGCAUGGGUGGCAUCAGGUUUUCAAUGAAUGAAGAAAGUUCUAGGAGUAAUGCAUUCAACAUUGACAAUGGUGAUGGAGUUGUUGUAGCAAUAAUCAAUCUUCUGGGUGCCUUGGCUUCUUCUGGUCAUUUGAAAUUUAAUUCAAAUAUUUCAUCAUCAAGCCUGCCAAAUAAUCUUCAAAGCAAAGGAUUGUUUGAUGAAGGCAGUAGCAUGUUUGAUGAUAAAGUUUCUUUGUUACUCUUUGCUUUAGAAAAAGCUUUAGAAGCAGCUCCUCAGAGGUUGAUGACUACUAAUAUCCAUAUGGCUUUUCUGGCUGCAUCGGUUAAUACUUCUUCUGGUGAUGGACUCGACAUAUAUGAUUGUGGUCAUCAUCUCGAGCAUGUUCAGCUUCUCGGUGUUUUACUCCGUGCUCUUCCAUCUGCAUCCAGAGCAUUUCAAAUUGAAACUAUACAGGAUCUUCUGUUUUUGGCUUGCAGUCUUCCAGAAAACAGAAGUUCUCUUACUUCUAUGGCAGAAUGGCCAGAGUGGAUAUUAGAAGUUCUUGUUUCUAAUUAUGAGAUGGUUUCUACUAAAGAAUUGAAUGCUAUAAGCAUUGGGAAGAUUGAAGACCUUAUUCACAACUUUAUGAUUAUCAUUCUAGAACAUUCCAUGAGAAAAAAAGAUGGAUGGAAGGAGGUAGAGGCAACAAUUCAUUGUGCAGAAUGGCUCUCUAUGAUUGGAGGAUCCAGCAUUGGUGAGUUGCGCAGAAGGCGUGAAGAGGCAUUGCCUAUAUUCAGAAGGCGGCUUUUGGGAGGCUUGCUAGAUUUUGCUUCUUGGGAACUUGCAGCUCAGACUCAAAUUUUUGCUGCAGCAGCUGCUGGCGUCGCAAAAGCUUCACCACAAGAAGCUAAAGUUGAAGCAGAAAAUGCUGCACAACUCACUGUGGCUUUGGCUGAGAAUGCGAUUGUUAUUUUAAUGCUUGUUGAAGAUCAUUUGCGUUUACAAGGACAGCGGUACUAUUCAUCACAUGCUGUUGAUUGUAGGCAAUAUUCGGUUGCAACCUCUUGUUCAAAUCUCUCCAGCUCUUUGGGUAGCACAGGCCGUGAAUCCCUUAACACUUUUGGUUCCAGGAGGGCAUCAUUAUCUAGUCAUGCAGGGGGAGUUUCUUUUGAUGUGCUAGCUUCAGAGGCAGAUGAUAAUGGACAGGUUUCUGCUGCUGUAAUGGAGCGCUUUGCUGCAGCAGCUGCAGCUGAGCCUUUUGAGUCUGUCCGGUGUGCUUUUGUGUCUUAUGGAAGUUGUAUUUUGGAUCUAGCUGAGAGUUGGAAACAAAGAAGCAGAAUGUGGUAUGGUGUUGGUCUUCCAUCUAGUACAACAACAUUUGAAGCUGGGGCAAGUGGAUGGGACUCCUGGAAAUCGGCUAUUGAAAGGGACUCCAGUGGAAACUGGAUAGAACUUCCACUAGUUAAUAAAUCUAUAGUCAUGCUUCAGGCGCUUCUAUUGGAUGAAAGUGGAAUUGGUAGAGGACUUGGUAUUGGUGGUGGUUCUGGCACCGGUAUGGGUGGAAUGGCUGCCCUUUACCACUUGCUGGACAGUGAUCAGCCUUUUCUUUGCAUGCUUCGGAUGAUACUUCUUUCAAUGAGGGAGGAAGAUGUUGGAGAGAGUGACAGCUUUGUUAAAACCACAAACAUAAAUGAUUCCAUAUUAGAGGGGUUAAGUUAUCAAGCUGGGUAUGCAAAUUCCUUAGACCAAGGUGAUCGGUUGUCAAUGAGAAAGCCACGGUCAGCUCUACUUUGGAGUGUGCUUGGGCCACUUCUUAACAUGCCAGUAUCUGAAUUCAAGAGACAACGGGUGUUGGUCGCAUGCUGUGUUUUGUAUUCUGAGGUAUGGCAUGCCAUUGGUAGGGACAGGAAACCUAUCCGAAAACAAUAUGUAGAAUCAAUUUUACCGCCUUUUGUUGCUGUUCUAAGGAGGUGGCGACCCAUUUUGGCAGGUAUUCAUGAGCUUACAUCAUCGGAAAUUGAAAAUCCUCUCACAGCUGAUAAUCAUGCCUUGUCCGCUGAUGCAUUGCCUCUUGAGGCUGCAUUUGCGAUGAUAACCCCAGGUUGGUCUGCUGUUUUUGCAUCGCCUCCAGCUGCUAUGGCUUUGGCCAUGAUUGCUGCUGGUGCCUCCGGUGGCGAAACGGCCCCAACUUCUAAAAACACACCAUAUAGACGUGAAACAUCCUUGUUUGAACGCAAGUCGGCUAGACUGCAUGCAUUUUCAAGUUUCCAAAAGCCUCUUGAGACAGCCAAUAAGCUUCCACCCAUGCCCAAGGACAAAGCAGCCGCAAAAGCUGCUGCUUUGGCAGCUGCAAGAGACCUUGAGCGCAAUUCAAAGAUUGGUGCUGGGAGAGGGCUUAGUGCUGUUGCGAUGGCCACAUCAGCUCAGAGGAGGAGUGCAAGUGACCUUGAGCGUUCAAAGAGGUGGAAUAUUGUGGAAGCCAUGGGUGUUGCUUGGAUAGAGUGCCUCCAACCUUUUGAUUCAAAAUCAGUUUCUAGCCGUGAUUUUUCUGCUCUUUGCUAUAAAUAUGUGGCAGUUCUUGUGACGAGUUUUGCUACAGCAAGAAACAUGCAGCGGAUAGAGAUGGAGAGACUUGAACAAGUGGAUAUGUUAGAUAGACGUCGUGUAUGCACUGGAGCUCAAGCUUGGAGAAAACUUGUUUAUUGUCUACUUGAAAUGAAUCAGCUUUUUGGACACUUUGGAGAUCAAUUGGGCAGUGCCAAAUUAGCAUUUUGGAAGUUAGAUACCAUAGAAAAUUCCUGUAGGAUGAGAAGAUUUCUAAAAAGCUGUUACAAAAAUUCUUCUUAUUUGCAUAGAGCUGCCUUUUAUGAAGAUGACAUACAGCAUAAAUCUAUGGAAGAAUCAUAUGUUCAACGGUAUUCAGACCUUUUUACUUCCAUCAUCGUGAAACCUGAAGCUAUGCAAAUGGAAGAAGGAAAUGAGAAUGAAGAUCUGCCUCGAUCUUUUAUUUCAGACGUUAAAACAGGCAGCCAUCCCGUGCCAUCAACUGAUGUCCAUUCAUUAGAUGGUGAACUGGUUUAUAGAGAACCUUGGGCUCCUGUGGAUGAAGUUUUGGUUCUACCAGCAUCAGUACUUGCUCCCGAGUAUAUAUCCGAUGAAACUGAUGAAAGAAUUAUUUUUGAACUACCCUCACUGAUGGUUCGUCCAUUGAAGGUUGUAUGUGGAACAUUCCAAAUCACAACUAAGAGAAUAAAUUUCAUUGCUGAUGUGCAUACUACCGAUGAAUCCAUAGCUGAAAGCUUGGCUGCUUCUGCCCAACACCAGGAACAAGGGAAGGACAGAAGUUGGUCCAUCUCAACCCUUCAUAAGAUUUUUUGGAGAAGAUAUUUUGUGAGAAGAAGUGCUUUAGAAAUUUUUAUGGCUGAUCGAUCAAAUUACUUCUUUGACUUUGGGAGUAUUGAAGGAUGUAAGAAUGCAUUUCGUGGCAUCAUUCAGGCACGCCCGCCUCAUGUGCAUGAUAUCUUUUUCACAGCAAAGAGACCUGAGCAGAUUUAUAGAGAAAGUCAGCUUAUGGAUCGUUGGGCCAGGUGGGAGAUUAGCAAUUUUGAAUAUCUAAUGGAACUCAACACCUUGGCUGGCCGUAGUUACAAUGACAUCACACAGUAUCCUAUUUUUCCAUGGAUCUUGGCAGAUUAUUAUUCUAAAACAUUAAACCUUGAUGAUCCUUGUUCUUAUAGAGAUCUUUCAAAGCCAAUUGGUGCUCUAAAUCCUGACAGGCUAAAGAAGUUCCAAGAGAAGUACUCUACCUUUGAUGAUCCCAACAUCCCCAAAUUCCAUUAUGGCUCACAUUAUUCUAAUGCCAGAACGGUCUUGUAUUUCUUAAUCAGAAUAGAACCAUUUACAACUCUUUCAACCAAAUUUGGAGGUGGAUCUGGCUAUGCUGAUCAAAUGUUUUAUGACAUUGGUCAUUCAUGGCAGAAUGUUCUGGAAGACAUGAGUGAUGUGAAAGAAUUGGUGCCAGAAUUGUUUUACCUCCCUGAGAUUCUAACCAACGAAAAUAAUUAUGAUUUUGGAAUAAGCCAAUUAGGGAGAAGCCAAGAUUGUGUUAAACUACCACCAUGGGCAAACAAUCCGGUUGAUUUCAUUUACAAGCAUCGCAAUGCUUUAGAGAGUGAACACGUUUCUGCACAUCUACAUGAAUGGAUUGACCUCAUUUUUGGGUAUAAGCAAUUUGGUAAGGAAGCUGCAUCAGCUAACAAUGUCUUUUUCGGCACUUCCUAUGAAGGGAUAAUUGACAUUGAUAAAAUAAUAGAUCCGGUGCUUCGCCUUGAUACUCGAAAGCAGAUAGCAAAUUUUGGACAAAUGCCAUCACAGUUAUUUGCUGGCCCUCAUUUAAAGAGGAAACCGUUAGCUGAAAUCCUAAAGUUGCAGGUUAUAUUUCGAAAUCCAAGUGAAAUUCGACCCUAUGCAAUUCCACAUCCUGAACGAUGCAAUGUUCCUGCUGCUUCUAUUUAUGCAUCAUCUGAUUCUGUUGUAAUUGUGGAUUUGCUUGCACCUGCAGCAAAUGUUGUGCAGCACAAAUGGCAGCCAAAUACUCCUGAUGGCCAUGGUAAACCUUUUCUUUUCUAUCAUGGGAAAGCUGCUGCGAGUACUGGUGGUGGGGCCCUUGCCCGCAUGUUUAAGGGUUCGGCAGGAUUUGUGUCCGAUGAUUGGCAUUUGUCUCGUGCUCUGGCUUUUGCUGCAUCGGGAAUACAAAGCUCAGCCGUCGUUUCUAUCACGCAUGAUAAUGAAAUUAUCACUGGAGGACAUGCAGAUAAUUCUGUCAAGCUAAUAUCAGCAGAUGAAGCAAAAACCAUUGAAACUGCAUCCGGCCAUUUUGCACCUGUAACUUGUCUUGCACUCUCUCCAGACUCUCGUUACCUAGUAACAGGAUCCCGCGAUACAACCGUGAUACUAUGGAAAAUACAUCGUCUGCCCUCUUCAAAAGUUUCAGAAUUCUCUUCUUCUCCAAAGCCCCAAGCUAAUCCUGUAACAGUCAGCACCAUUAGCAGCACUUUGGAAACAAACCAAAGACGCCGUAUAGAAGGGCCUAUACAUGUAUUAAGAGGACAUCGUAACGACGUUAUCUGUUGCUCCGUCAAUUCCGACAUCGGCAUCAUUGCUUCGAGCUCAAGCUCCACCGGCAUCCUUCUGCAUUCCUUGAAAAGAGGCCGGUUCUUGCGGAAGUUAGAUACUCUCGCUGCUCAUGUCGUCUGUCUUUCAUCUCAAGGUGUUGUGCUCACCUGGAAUGAUCACGAAAAAAGGUUAUCUACUUUUACUGUCAAUGGAAUCCCCAUAGCCACCACAACCUUAUCACCCUUUCCAGGCCAAAUCAGCUGCAUUGAGUUAUCAGCUGACGGGGAGAACGUCUUGAUUGGUUCCUCUUCUUGUGCGGCAAACGUUGAAGCGAAUUUAUCGCCAGAAUCCGAAAUGUCAAAUAUCAAAGAUUUCAAGUCACCUUCGAAUAUGCAGAGCAUUCCAAUCCCAUCAAUUUGCUUCCUCGAUCUCCAUUCUUUGAAGGUAUUCCAUACUUUGGCUCUAAGUGAAGGACAAGAUAUCACUGCCUUUGCACUGAGUAAGGAUAAUACCAGUCUUUUUGUUUCCACAAAAGACAAGCAUUUGAUAGUAUUCACUAUUCCUAAAAUUUCGGCAGCAUGUAAAUAGUUCAAAUAGAAGGGGCCAUAAGUUAAAAAUCCCAUGCAAGUUAGAGUGUUUAAUUUAACCCAAUGCUCUAAUGAAUGUGGUGAUAGCUGGUCAUUAUAAUUCCAUUUUUUUUUCAUAAAAUAUGUAUUAUGAAGUCAUGUAAGAGUGUUGAGUUUAGUUGCAUUUAUGAAAAUUAAAAUAUAUGUUGAAAUAUAGAA